AAGAAAAGUAGGUAGCUGACACAUCAGUUCCAUCUCAUUCCACAUUAGCCAUAGACCUCACAGCCCAAAUUUGGUCCUUUUUAAAUGCAAAUCUUUGUGAGAUAGCAUUAUCUUAUUUGGCUGAAAAGCACUUUUUACGUGCCCACAGGCACAUGGUAUGUCCCUAAUAAAGUAGUGAUAUACUGUUCAACCAACUUUAUUAAUUGUUGAUUCGUUGUCGCCUUUGAUCAUUCCCUGCAUCAUGGAGGAACCAAGGAUCACAAGAAAUUGUGAAAUUGGAUCGCACAAAAGCAUUGGGGCCCUUUUCUCUCUUUUUCCUUCAUGGGUCAAUAUAAUAACACUUGCUUUUUAUCCUGAUGAGCUGACGAUGAUUAUGCAUCACAAUGUGCUGAAUCAGUGAAGCGCUUUAUUCCUGUGGACACAUUCUCCACCUCUAGGUUGUUUCACCUUAUAUAGGGAAUUCCUAGUGGCUGUUUGAAGCAGGGGUCAUCUACAAGAGAGAGAGAGAGAGAGAUUACUCAAAGAGAGGAGAGAAAGGCAAGAGAAGCUGCGGAGAAAAUGAAGAGCUUGAGCCAAGAACUUGUCAUUGGAAUUCCUGUGAAUUCUAUCACAUAUGCGGCCGAAAAAACGCCAAGUGAAUCAGCUUCUGCUUCUGAACCAGGCAGUUCAUUUCUUGAUGCCAAUCCAUGUGGAUCUUUUGAUUCCAAACAUAAUAAGAAGGAUUCCUUUUUUCGUCGGAUGACAAAAUUGAGCAAGAAAACAGACAAUUAUGUGCAAGGCAUCCGAGAACACGUGACCUUGGGGCCAAAGUUCACAGAAACUGUCAGAGGGAAGUUGAGUUUGGGGGCAAGGAUUCUUCAAGCCGGAGGGAUUGAGAGAGUCUUCAGACAAGCAUUUUCCGUGGAGAAAGGAGAACAGUUGUUGAAGGCCUUCCAGUGUUAUCUAUCAACCACAGCUGGCCCUAUAGCAGGGAUGCUUUUUAUUUCGACUCAGAAGAUCGCCUUCCAUAGUGAUAGAUCCUUGGCGUUAUCUUCGCCUAAAGGAGACAUCGCAAGAGUGCCCUACAAGGUUUUGAUUCCAAUUGGAAGGAUAAAAGGAGCCACACCGAGCAAGAAUGUGAACAAGCCAGAUCAGAAAUAUAUCGAGAUAGCUACUGUGGAUGACUUUGAGUUCUGGUUUAUGGGCUUCGUUAGCUACGAGAGAUCGUUCAAGUACAUACGACGGGCAAUCUCAGGGUUUCAAUAGCCUUUCACUGUCCGAGGAUUCUGAACCAUGCACAGCAGUGAAUAUGAGCUAUAGAUUACAACAUAUGGUUGUAUUUAGCAGUGGCAAACCUGCUCCAAAAUUUUUGUUUUUGGGCAAGUUUUUUUUACAUGGAAGUUAAGAAUAGAGAAAACGCGAUGUCGGGAUAUUGACUCAUUGUGAUUUCAAAGCAUAAAGCUUUUGAGAAUACACAUAUUAUGUGUUCUUAAAAAUAUUUUCAUAUUAUUUUCUGGAAAUUCAGUUUGUGUUCAAACCA